UUCGAUAUCGUUCGUCCUAUGGUUCUCGUCCAAAUAGGAAAUGGAAUGUAUACAGUAAUCACAUUGAUAUUUCUCACAUUGCUGUCGUAUCUCAGUGGUUAUUCAAUCGCAUCAGCACCAAUUUUUAAAUUUGUCUGUGCACUGGUUUCGCUCACCAUUGAACUGUACAUUUAUUGCUAUGGGUUCAACCACAUAGAAGUCGGGAAAUCCACAGUGAAUUUUGGAUUAUACAGCAGCAAUUGGACGGAGAUGGAUUUGAAAUUUAAGAAGACUUUGUUGAUGGCCAUGAUCUUGAACUCUUCUCACAAGCGAGUGAUGAAAGUGUCGCCAAAUUCUUUCGUAAACCUGGAAAUGUUCACCAGGUUGAUGAACAUGUCGUACUCGAUAGUGUCCGUAUUAUUAAAUUAAGAAAACACAUCAAAAAGUACCUUAUCUACUAACGAAUGCAUUUUGUAUUAAUGCGGUUGAAUUUAAUGUUCCACAAUAUUGGUAUUUUUUGUACUUUAAUGAAUGCUUUAACUUAGAAGGGUGCAACACCCAUAUUCGUUGUCUCAGUSUUGCAAACGCGUAGGUAACAUAGGAAAUUUACGCURAGCAGUUCACGUUUUAUUCCUUUAGCUUAAAAAUUAGAGUGAAUUGACUUAUUAUGAAACUUGAUGGUUAGAACAAUAUAUGACAUGCUUCUUUGGAAGUUUUUUCACGAUAUUUUAAUUUUUAUGUGAGUUAUAUGCAUUUUUGUUUUAAAUUUAUUAUGCGCACAUAACUCACUUAA